UGCUCUGCGAUAGCGAGAAUACGUUGUGAAAGAAAACGUUUUGGACAUUUCAGUCUGAAAUAUUGAGGUAUAUUGUCAGGUCAGACAGAGCCAACCCUCACCUAACUUGUUCAUUAGAAGGAGAGGCAGUAAGUAAACAGUAUCAUAACAUUGCAAUACACCGCUUAUCGUUAACACAUUCGCCAACAUCUGGGUCAGUGGAUACAGCAAACCGCCAUCUUUGUGAACUACAGUGUGACUCAGUAACUUAGAAUCCAGGAUGGCUGAGCCACACGAAAGAGAGUGUGCCGUGUGCACGAAUGACUUCACGACACCAAAGAUUCUACCCUGUGGUCAUCUCCUGUGUCGAGAAUGUGUCAUUUCCUGGAUGGAUUCCAAACCUGAUGCUGGGUGUCCGCUGUGUAGAUGUCCUAUAGUAAAGCAGUCAGAUGGAAGUUCGUCCGACACUGUUGACGCCCUGCCGACAGACUUUGUGAUGGAAGCGCUGGUGGAGAGCGCUCGUGUGGUGAGUAAAGAUCACCUUUGUUGUGUGUGUGAGGACGUCAGGGCGGACUUCAUCUGUAUGCAGUGUCAGGACAUGUUGUGUACAGCGUGUACAAAGGCUCAUAGAAAGUUUUCAGGAACCCGUAGUCACGAUGUGGAGAGUGUCAGCACUGUGACACCUGAACGUCUGGCUGCCAGCCGCCCUGCACUGUGUGCUGACCACGGCGACAAACAGGCGGAGUACUUCUGCCGCGAGCACCGCCUCGCUGUCUGCUCAGCCUGUAAGGCUAACAAACACAAAGUAUGUCUAGAAACAAACUAUCUUGACGAUGAAAUUAAGUCAGUUGAAAGUUCACUUACCGACCUAACGAAGAUUUUGGUAGAAGCGGAGCAGAAGUUAGAGCAGGCUAUAGGUCAGGUGACGUCACGUCUACAUGAAGUUGAUGUCAGCGAACAAGAAGACAUGGCGCAGGUGGACAAGACAUGUGACCGUCUUCACAAGCUGGUGGAAGAUGUUUGUAACACGUUGAAGGACAAGUGUCGCAAGCAACAUCUCAAAAUAAGGAAGUCGCUAUGUGACGUCAAGACUGCCCUUAGCAACUGUUUCGGGAAGGUGACGUCACACAAACACAUUGUGACGCGAGCGGUGGCAGUGUCACCACGUCCUGCACUGAUACACAUGACACAGGCUCUGACAGACAGGGUCAACAGCCUUGACCUUAGCACUGACCUGCAAGGAGAGGUGUGGGUGAAGCCCUUGUCAAGUGUAGAGUGCUGUCAAGAAGUUGUGAGAGUGAUACAAGACGAGCUUCUGAUGUUGACGCAGGAGAAGACAGAGUCAAAGUUGGACCCACAGCUACCAGUCUUUGUGUUCCAAGACAACUGCGGAAACAACAUUCGUCUGACGAACGAUAACAGGACCGCGGAGAGGAUAGAGCCGAGUACCAUCGGUGAAGGGAUGGUCGUGUCACGUGACCCUAUGGUAGCGAAUGUCGUGUAUGAAGUCAGAGUGGACACAGUAACAGGUGGGUUCGUCGAGCUAGCGCUGGGUGUGACAAAAAUUUCUCCUGCAGGCCUCCCUGUGACACAGAGGUCUAGAGACCUGCAAGACUCCACUAUCAUGUGGCCCGGUUUGGUCCUCCGCCAUCGAGAACGUGUGCUGAUACUGCUCGCAAAGGAACUCAUUAGCCUUGAAGUCGGUAGUCGAGUCGGGGUACUGGUGACCUCAUCCAACAACCUUCACCUCUACAUCAACGGACAGGACCAGGGCGUUACAGCAGAAAAUGUUACACAACCUUGGUUUGCUGUCUUUAGUAUUUGCAGUUCAGUGAGUAAGGUGACAGCCCUUCCUACAUCUCGGAGAACAUAAAGAAUAUCAGAGAACAAGAAGGCUGAGAGAAUAAAACUAGAAUAUUUUUGUGAUUUAGGAUGACACCAACCUGGACGUUGAUAUUACCAAUGAGAGCUCCAGUGAAUUGUUUUCAUCAAUGUGAUUGCUAUCCAAAACAAGAAUGGUUCACAUUGCAUGUGUAUAUGACUAUUUCCAGUUGAAAGACAUUAAGAAAUAAGAAAAAGUGGAUGAGCUACCUCCCCCUCCUACACAAACACAUAAAAAAAGGGAAAACUUUUUAGCAUGAACAGGAGUGAGAUGAUAUAUUAAUUUAGCAAAUAUAAUUUAUUGUGUCAGCACUACGAAAGUAUACUCAUACUUGCUGCUGUCAAUUAGUUACUUGUUAAAUAACUUAAAUCGACCUUUGGCUUCUGGUUGUGUUCAUUAAUUUUGAAAAAAAGGCUGUUCAAAAGUUACUGUUCAUCAACAAUUAAAAUAAUCAUCCGUUGUGAUUUGCUCCUGCUACCCAAUAAGUAAAAUUCUUACUUACAGUGUCUGUGUCUCUGCGUGAAGAAAAUGUCUCUAUUCAUUUUAUUAAAAAAACUUUCCAUACUGAGUAGGUAUAUUAAACACUUUCAGGAGGCAAUGAGUCAUAGCUCGCAUCUUAAUGUUUUGCUUUAGUUUAACGCAAUGUUGUAAAAAAAAAAAAUGAGUGAAAUGCACAGGAGACAGUACAGUAGUUGUAAAUGUACUGUACGGUGACUUGCAAUCACUUCUGUGGAAAGCUGCUGAACUGUGUUGUAUAGUGGCGGUAGUACGACUGUGUUUAUUGUGUGUCUUCUUCUGGUUCAAGAAAAGAUAAAAUGUCCUCUAAUAGGCGACCAAAGGAAAUAAAAAGAGCAGACGGAACUGGUAAUAACGAUAUUAUGUUGAGAAGUGCUGCUCAAACACUACAAAGUUCAAAGGAUGACAUCAAAUUUAACCGUCUGUUAGUCUCAGAAUAAACUCGUUAAUAGGAAAUAGACUUUAGAAAUUCCUUCAAGAUAAUAAUGUGCAUCUAUCUAGGUUUGUUUUCUUAAGCGCGGCGUCACAGAGACUUGUGUUAUUGAGAUACUCAGGUGUGAUUCUAACAAGACAACAAAGCGACUCACAUUUCAGUUAUCUGACACAUCGAUGAGCUAAGAUGUUUAACUGAUUUCUUGGCGAUUUUGUCAAAACAUUGUUUUCAGUUUGCACUUACUAAAGAUGUGUUUUCCUGUUUAUUUGGUUUUAAUAUGUCGGCUGAAAACUAUGGUUAAUGUGUGAAGCCUAUUCUUUGUCUUAGAAACACAGUCCGAUAAUACCACGGACGUGUAUAGGUGGACUGCUGUCUGUCUGCCGGGACCAAGGCUAACACUCUUGUAAAGCUGUCCACUGUUAGUCUCGACGAACCGUAACAAUGAAUAUUACUUAACCGGAAGUUUUGUAUACAGCAGCCUCGUUGUAGUAGUUAACUAGAAAAAAACGUCACAUGGCUAAUGAAUCAACAAUGCUUACUCAUAUAGUUUCAAAUGCUUGUAAGCCACCAUCAUUGUUAGUAGAUGUCGAUCCUUUUCCUUCUGUAGCCAAAGUCACGUGGUAGUUGUAAGGUAUCCCCACGAUUCUGAGAUAAGAUAAACACACUGAGUAACCUGGGUGCUUUGUACUGUACUGUGCCAACCUCUGUGUUACUGAUGUCAUCACGUGACUUUUUAAAUAGACACUAGAACUCCAUGUGUGAUGGAAUGAAUAUAGCGACUCCACAUUCUGAGACAUCCUAAAGCAACAAUGUUUAGUUGGUUUCUUACUUACUUUGUAAAAUUAUCGCUUUUUGUGAUUGUGUAUGCUACAGAUGUCUACUCCUGCUUUGUUUUAAUAUGUGGGCUGAACAUAGGUUAUAUAUUAUAGAUUAACGCCAUCUGUUGGCUUUUGACCCUGUAAUCGAUUUUGUGUUUUAAUAUUUAGUAAAACUUCAAGAGACUAGCGUGUAUGUUAAAGAAACUCGUUAUAAAUAAAAUCUAAUAAUAUUUAAAUUUCUAUAUCGUUUACUUGUAUUUUCUUCUUACACUUGUAUUCUUUACUACAGGACGGAUUGACAGCACAAACAGACACGUGGCCUGCCUUUAAAAAUGUUUAUAAAAAUUGAUUUUUUGAAUCACUCUUUUCUGAGAUUUUCAUCAACUGUAAACAGAAGCGUAGAAGUUGUUAGAUCCGUAUAUAUCAACCGAAACUUAGAUGUAGAAAUAACGAUACACAGGCAACGACAUGCGCAGACUAAAUGAUAUUUCCGCUUGUAUUUUCAAGUAUAUAUAUAUAGCUAUUGUCUCACAUAGUGACAUAAAGAAUGUACCUUUCUUAAUUUUUUUAUACAUUCUUACAUAUUUUAAUUUUUAUAUUCUUUGGGUUUCUUCAAUUGUAGGCAUAAAUUAAAAAAAAAUAUUCUUCAAAAGAACUAAAAUGUAAUCACCUGUGCGUUUGAUGUUAACCGCCAGGCAAUACAGAGAGUCUAAUAUUUCAUGAAAUUGUUACUGUCCUUAAGUUCCUGUCUGUUGUAUAGCCGACUACAACUCAAAUGUUAGACUUUAGUAAAAA